UACACUCGCGUACACGUCUCCGCGUAAAAAUAAAGUCCAGCGCGCGUCUGCGUACUUCAACCCAUUUAUAAUUAUUAGUAAACCACAGCGCGGGCGCACGACUGCUGUGACCGGUUGCUCUCGCGAAAAAGAAAAUAGGUUGGAUUCCAAACGCUUUAUUCAAAGUAUUACGGGAACUAGCCCUUGCGAUACCAAGGUAGUCAAACGAUUCGAAUGCGUAGUGAGUGUUUGUGUGUGACGUAAAAUAAACUUUAACACCUACGUAUUAAAUACCGGUAUCGUGCGGCGUGAAAUGUCGCGAUAGAUUAUAACAUUGACGUGUUUAUUUGUUAAGAUUAUAGUGUAUCCGUGAUAUCAGUGAUUCGAUCAUAUACCAAUCAUGCCGGAAAGGCCAAAAAGACGUAAAAACAAAAAUAAACGAAAGAAUAAUAAAAAUUCUAGUACGGAUGUGAACAAAAACAAUAUUGAACAAAGUGAGAUCGCUGAUAAAUCUUGUUCCAGCGUUACACAAAAUGUGAUUAAUAAAAACGCACUGCAUGCUGAAGAAGAAAACACUGAGAUAAAAGCUUCAUCAGAAAUAUGUGACACUUUCAAUGAAAUUGAUAAAUCCAUUACAACUUUUGCUACUGAACUGGUUACAAAAGAAGAUAGUGUUAUAGCUGAGUCUCCUCAAUUUUACGGCGAAAGUAGUUCUACAUCUAUGAAUAUAGACAGCACAGUUUUAGUGCAGGGUGAAGAAUUAAAUAAGAAAGUGUGUUCUGGUUUAAACGAAAACGGCAAAAGUGACGCAGAAAAUAAAGGUAUAGAGAAAGAAAGUAAUAAGUCAGUAACAUCUGAUGUAUACUCUCGUUCCCUGAUAUCACAAAGUAAUGCCAAUGAACAAAAUGUUUUGCAAACAUACAUAGUCGAAACACCAGAUCAAGUUGCUUCUACUAAGAUUAAAUGUAAAUUAGAUAAUGCAGUAAAAAGCAAGAGCUGUGACAAUGACGAUUGUCCUACUAUAGUUGAAAUUAUUGAUGAUUCUAACGUACAAAGCGACCAAAAAAGUGGUUUGUCUGUUAUAGACAAUAGUAAUGUAAUUAUUUCUGGGGAAGAAUCAGAUAUUGAAUGGGAGAAAGUAAAUCAUUUUAAUUUACCACAAACUCAGCUUAUUAAAGGUAUAUUGUCAAGUGAUACCAUUCCACUUAAUAUUGUUCAUUGCGAACAAAUAAAAUCACUAAGUCCGCAAGAAGAGUUAUCGUUACGUAAUUAUUUACAGACGUUAAACUUGUCAACUUGUUCUUCAAAUAUGAAUGCUGGAGAUAUAAAAACCGAAAUAGAAGAAAUAAUAAAUCGUGAAAUCAAAUAUAGAUUACGAAAAAAAGGGUUAACUGAAGAUACCUUUAUUCGAGCUGGUCCAUGCAGAUCAUUAGCGGUUAUUGACGAAGAGGGAAGUGGAGAUUCUUCCAAAACAUCUAGAAGACAUUCAUAUUUAAGUGAUAAAAAAAGUGACAAUGAGGAACUAGAAGAUGAAGUCUUUGAAUGUAAACCAACUCAUCAACUUAAGAAUGCUGACAUUAGUCUAAUGGCAAAUCGUACUAACAAGCGUUUAAUACCCCAGCCAUGUAUCCGCGUCGAUGCUAAGCUUAAGGAACCAGAAAUUUCAGAAGCACGAGGUGACUGGUCUAUGAAAACAGUUGAACGAUUAACUGGUGCUGAAUUAGUUUAUUUGACAGAUUCAUCCAGUAGUACAAGUUCAAUAUACGAUCUGAAUGAUGAAGCUGAUAAUGGUGAAGAGACAGAUGCUUCUGUACGCAUGAUAACACCGACUAUUGAAGUUACAGACACUGAAUCUUUAUUGUCUAAUACAUUUUUAACACAUAAUAAGGACCAGACUAUUAUUAGUAAAUCAUGCGACAACGUUUGUGAAGUUGCUUCUGAGCCACCCACAGCAGAUAAAGAAACUAAAGAGGUAAGUGGUGAAGUUACGGAAUCAAAUUUGAAACAAGACAAUCAUGAGAUUAUUAUUUUGAGUACCGAUGAUAUAAAAACAAAUUUAUUUGUAAAGGAUAUAAAUGAAACGAGAUCUAUCGCAGAAUUAGAAGAAUUAUGUGGUAGUCAUAAUUCUAUUCCCAAAGAUAAUUCUGAAGAACUUCCAAUAAGCUCGUUAAAGUCUUCAACAGGCACAGAUAUAUAUGACCUGGAAAUCAAAGUUUUGAAAUGUGAACUAAACAAUGCAAUUAAUAAUUUAAUUAAAGAAGUUAUUUCUGAUUCUGAAAAUUGUCAAGAAUCAACAAGUGACACCUUUACACGUCAAGAUUCUUCAAGCAGUUUAGAUUCUUCUCAAUGCACAGCUAAAUAUAAUCCAACUAAUUCCUCUCUAAAUGAUGUAUCUAACAUUUUGAAAGAUGAUACAUGCGAUAGCACCAAUAAAGAUAAUUCACUAAUAGACACUGCUCCUUGUCAUGUUAAAGAAGUACUUCAGUGUGUAACUACAGAACCAUCUUUCAUUGAUACGAAACUAAAGGAUUGUAUGCAACCUGCUAAACUGAGAGACAUAUGCGUUAAAAAAAUAAGUUCUUUUCCAUUUGGUGAUAAAAUUUUAGAAGAACUUGCUCAUGUAUCUCUCCGCUUACAAAACAUGAGUGCUUUGGUUACUGAACAUAAAGAACCCGUCAAACUUUCAAUGAAAAAUAAAUGUUCUAAUGUAGAUAAAUUUGAGUCGAGAAAGUCAUCAGAACAUAUAAUUUUAAAUAAUAACGAAAGUAACAACGUACCUCCUCCAAUAUUACCAAGAAAAUCGUCUCUUAGAAUAGCUCAAGAUGAACCAAUAAAAUUUGUAACUUCUAAAGCAGAACCCAAAUAUGAAUGUUUGUCGCCAUCGCAGAAAAUGCUAAUGGAAAAGACUAAUACUACUAUAGAAAGAGAUUUCAAUAAUCAAACAAAGGUAAGUCCAAUGGGCAGGACUGGCAAUACUAAGGAAAGAAAAAUUAACCCCCCCAUUAUUCCAACAUCCAUACCAACUAUGAAAUCGGAAACUGGCAGUCGAUUAUUAGCCUUAUUGCGAGAUACUUCUUUAUCAAAUAAUUUAAAUACACAAACAUUAGAAGAUAAGAUUAUUUGUGAGUCACCGACAGUGAAACAUCACUCAUUUGAGAAACAUAUGAAAACCUAUUCAGAAUCACUUACAACACGAUUUCUAAACGAAAUCGAUUCAACAAAUUUAUGUGAAGAAAGGACAAGUGAUAAAAAAAGCUUCUCUUCAAUAAUUCAACCAAGCACUCUUAAACCUUUACCUCCACCAAAACCUAAAAAACUAUCAACUUAUUUUUACGAAAGUGAUGAAGGUUCAAAUUUCCGCGAAAACUCAUUUCGAACAAUGCGUAGUAACAAAAAAUAUUUUCAUUAUUCAACGGGUAAUCUUAACAAAGAAAUAGAGGACGAUAUAUCUUCAAUACAAGAUAUGCACAGAUAUUGUACAAAUUUAAGAGAUCAAAGUUUUGAGUCUAGUCCGCGGAGACCUUCUCUACCAAAAGAUUUAUGUGAUCAACAAAUGGAAUAUAUUUGCCAGAAAGAAAAAGAAGUUGACGCCGAAUUACGUCGUUUAGAACUAGAACAAAAUAAACCAAUUAGAAACAGAGGCCCUAGAGCUCCAAUGCUUUCAAACAAUAAUCACAUAUUUGACUCACUAGAUAAAACAAGGCACAACAAUAAUAAUUUAAUUCCAACGCCAGAAAUACACAAAAAAACGGGAAAUAGUAAACUUUGUUCUUUAUUCAGUAGUAGUCAGGAAGAAUUACUUCGGGAAAAAAUGUAUUUAGAAUAUGUUAACCAAAUGGCGGAAAGAGAACAAAGAAAGCAGCAAAAAGUUAUAAAAGUUACUCAAACUCCCAUUAACAGUACCGUUAUUUCCAAAAGCAUGCCAAUAAUAGACCACUUUGACUCAAAAAGUAAUAAUCGUAUCGAACAGGAAUUUAUAUCGCGCGCUAAAGAAAGGUGGUAUAAACUAGGCAUUCGGGAUCCAGAGACUGAAGACGAAAAGGACAUUGGUAACGAUUUGUAUGUGGAACCAAAAGUGAUUGAACACAAAAUCAAAGUGAUUGAAUCUGGUGAAGAGAAAGAUGUGAAAAAAUUGCCAAGUCAUAUGCAAGAAUUUGUGAAGUUCACAGUGAAAGAUAAGGGGGAAGCAUCAGGUAGCACUGAGACCGUGAUGAUUGCACCGACGUUCAAGGCGCGCUCGACCUCACCAGCAAUUUGGAGGCCCGGAGCACCACCUGGGGGCGAGGCCCCUAGUGCUCCAAGCCCGGGGGCUCCGCCGCCGCCUCCCCCGCCUCCUGUGUGGACUCCUGGCAGUGCCACUGCGUCCCCACAAACGCUGAGGAAGUCCUUCCGCCCCGUACACUUUGAAGAUACGCCUCCGCCAAGGCGAAAAUUCGAGAGUUCUGAUCAGAACGGGUGCACCAGCGGCUCGGAGAGUGAGGGUCGGCUUCGGACGUCACAAAGCGCGCCGGCAACAGGCCUCAACACCUUAGGAUCAUCCACAUCGAGCCGCUUGCCUCGAGCCCAGAAUCCCACGGUCACCUUACUACAGAAAGCGCGAGAAGGGCAGAUUUCGCGCGCUCAGAGCAACAUCCAAUCGCCCAGGGAGGAGAAUCAUCGCCUAGCACGUGAUCGCCCAUCACCUCCUAGAACCGACGCUGUGCAUGCAUUACGUAAAGAUUACGCCAGUGAAAGUGAAGCUGAGAGGAGUGAUUUUGAGAGGAGCAGUCAUAGGAUGACGGAAGCAAAGAAAAAGAUUGAAGGAAUUGGACCUACAACAAAAGACGGCAUGCCUGUGACACUCAGAUCCGAAGUAAAGGACCCCUCGAAGUGGUACAAAAAAAUGUACGACACGAUUCACAAAAACAAAUAUGAUGAGGAUUAUGUGACAAUUCGAUACAAAAAUCGUCGAGGAGAAACAUUACAAAGGCCUAGCAGUAACCGAUCGCAGUAUGCAUACUUUGACCCCCGCUCGGGGUACCUCAGUGAACCGGAAGGAGGUCUCAAUAGGCUGGCGUCAAGCACGUGGAGUGAUGCGUACGACAGCGACGUAACUAGCGGUCCUAGACGAAGAACGGCGUCCGUACAAGAAGAUAGAAGGCAUGAUGACGUGCCAGCGUACCUACCAAAUAAUAAAUAUAGUACAUUAGCGUCAGCGCGAGCCAGACAGGAAGUUUACAAAAACCAGCCUGGAAGGAUAGAAAACUAUGUCCCUGGAAGAUCCUCUGUUAUUGAUAAGGAAGCCAAACAGUGGUGGGACGAGGUCAUGGACAUAUUUGACGGGUGGCUAGACGACAACUCCCCUCUGCCUCCCUACUCCACAUUGCUCGCUCGUGCUAUACAGAAGAGUCAAAAUGAAUCAAAUGCACUGUCACAAUCUCAGGCGUCGCCCAAGGAAAAGAAGGACAUUACGUCUGCAAUUCUAUCAAAAUCGAAUAUGGCAAGGGCUUUAAAAGAAUCCGGCUACGAAUCAGAUUCAACGCUAGUUUUCCGACGUCGGGAUGACGGCACAGAGGGGCCACUUUCGCCGGCGGAAAGGCGCGCGGCCUACAGGGACCUGCAGGCCGGCGGCGAACCACCCCUCAGGGGUUUCCGCUCCCCAGCUCCACCACGACAAGACGAAUCAGAAAUCGAAUACAUUCCGAUAUCAUCAACUCUGACGAAGAUACGAGUUCAUAAAAAAACGCCGCAAAUGCACGAAGUUAUAUGCUAUCCUGUAACUAGCAUUAUGAAUGACCAUGAAGAAGAAUAUUUUAAGCUUAAUCAGAGAAUGACUGAUCAUCCACCGAUACCUCCUAGAAGAAUAUCUUCUAAGAACAGUCGAACGCUACAAUUUAUAACAUCCACUAGGCCCGCUUCACCAUCAUCCAAACGAUUUUUAAUCGAAAAAUCAAAUGUAGAAUAUCUCAAAGAUAAAAUUUCGAAUAAACUAAACAGAGAAAACACUCAUUUAAUAAUAAAGAAGAAUUCAAGUACAAAGAGAAUUGAAUCAACAUCUGCACCACCAGCCCUAAAUAGGCAUAAAAUCACAAGUGGUGCAGUAAAUACGAAACAAAAAACACUAAAUAACAGCAAACAAAUUGGAACUAGUAGUUUCAGUACGCCGAGGAGAACUAUUUUACCAAUAAAUUAUCCUAACACAAGUCGUAGGCAUGGAGAAUCUUCUUCUAUAGUAUUGGAAGGCGGUGCAGGUCGAAAAACACCUAUAACAAAUAUAUUAGACAGAAUAACAUCAUUAGACAAGCUUUGGGGUUCACAGAAGAGAAAUGAACGCAUCGAUCUUUCUAAAAUAAAACCUAAAAGUUUGGUAAGACAUGGUGAUACCUCAUCGAGAGCUGCUACAUUAAAGCCCCUAAAUACAAGAUCUGUUGGACCCGUUGUGACACAUAAAAGCAGAGAUAUGAUACGAACUUCAGAAAAAAUUCAGAAAAUUAAGAUCUCGAACCUUCAAGCAAAAUCUACUCCAUGCUUAUCGAAAUCAGAUUUCUCGAGUAGGACCACAAAAUCUAGUUCUUUACAAGGAAUGUUCAACAUGUCUAAAUCAUCUUCUCAAAUAACGCCAAUAUUAAAAAAGUCUAAUCAAGUUAAAAUGGCUACAGUAGCAAACUUAAAAAAGAAAAAAUCUUUAGAAACUAUUUUGAUAAGACCCCAAAGUGUACAGUACCAUGAAACCCCGGCCAAAAAAAUAAAGGACUUAAAUAAAAAUUCUAAAAAAGGACUCAAGAAUAAAAAUACUAAUAAAAAUUGCCAAAAAGAUAUGCCCAACAAUUCAGCAGGUGGCAAUCAAUUUGGAGAUAUUUUAGACGGUAAUACACACAAAAGUCAAACUAAAGUUCUGAAAAAAAAGGAUUCGAAAGACAUUAAGAAAGCACAUGAUGCUAUUGUUUCAGACUCGUUCUUUCAACAUCUAUUCUUAAGAAAUCAUUCUAGUACAGCCAAAAAUAGUAUACCUGCCGAUUCAAUAAGCUCAGUUCUCCAAAAGGCAAAAAUGUUUCAAUCCUUACCAGAAAAUAGUUUUACAUAUCCAACUUCUUUAAACUCCUAUUUGAUACAUCGUAAACCAGUUUCUCUUUCGCGGUUUAAAAUGUGGGAUAGACAACCAAGUCCUCUACAUGUUCAAAAUAGUAGAUCAAUUUCUUGGCCUGGUAAAAUGGAUGGAAAAAUACGCAAAUUUGACAGUUUAUCAAAAUACAAUAGUGAAUUUGGAUCAGCAUCAUCUCUAGCGACAGUUAGAAGCAAAAGUGAACCACCAGCUAACAAACUAUAUUUUUCACAAACCUCUAGACCAGUAUCACCAACCGUAAUAUUUUACAAGAAACCAGAAGCACUUACAAGAGGCCCGUCACCGGUCAAGUUUACAUCACCAAACAAAUUUAUUUUUCUUCAACCUGUUCCAAAAGCGGUGAAAUCAUCAUCUUGUAAUGAAAAGCGCAUUAGUUUAAAACACAAACCAUAUUCACCCUCACGAAUCUUUUUUUCUGACUCAGUACGAUCAAUAUCUCCUUCAGAAAUAAGUGAUAUUGAUUAUUUAUCGCUUAAAAAUAGCCGUAUUACGGACAGCCAAGGCACAAUAUUUUUCUCCCAAACUUCAAGACCUAUUUCACCUAAAGUUGGUAAGGAAAAAUCUGUUAGUAGAAGUAAAUCAACGUCACCGAUUUCAAUACGAUCUCCAUCUUAUCGUCGUAUACAUAAUGCUAGAACACUAACAAAGCUCGAAACAAUCAAGAAAGAGUUCCGAACACAAAGUGCUGAUAACGUUAAAAAUUUAGAUACAAAAAAUAAAAUACCUUCAAGGGCUAAUAGUGAUUCAAAUAUUUAUGAAAAUGAUCCUGAUUACGACGAAUACAUUCGUGACGCCAAAAAUUUAAAAAAAAGAUCUGAACGGUUUCGAGAACUUAAUCGCUACUAUGCAUAUUUAGAGAGAGUGGCAGAACUAGAAAAAGCUACAUCUAGCCGAAAUCUUUGUUACCGAAAAAAAGAUGAAGAAAUCAUUGAUUUUGACCGUUGGAAAAAAAUUCGCACAAUAGAAAGAGCAGAAGAAGAGCUUAAUAAUUUAUACUCAAAACUUAAGAAAGCACAAAACGAAAAUGAUAUACUAUUUUAUCCUCGAGAUGUAAAUGAUUUUAGAUGGGAUUAUAAUAGAGAAAGAGGAUUAAGAGUAAAAGAAAAAUCUGUAGAAGAUUUAAAAGAAGAGUUACAACAAAAAACUUUAAACGAAGAUUCUGAAACGGAUCGUUCCCAAUGUAAAGAUAGGUACAAACCUCUUUGGCGGGGAACAAGCGUUGCUGAAACAGCCUUUACUAUAAAUACAAAUAAUAAAAUUAAAAAGAAUAAAUUCCUUAAUCCUGAAAAGCCUAAAACUAGCCCGCAAGCAGAUUCCUUGACAGAUUUAAGAAAAAAAAUUGGCCUUGGAAAUCGUUUAUGGAGCAGUCUUUCAAUGGAUCAAGUAAAUGCACUUAAAAACCAACUAAAUGCAAUAUACAGUAAAGAAAUUGAAUCUAAAUCAAAUAAGGAAAAUGAUAACUAUACCAUCGACGUAAAAGACCCAAAAACCAAUAAGAGCCCCAUGCUUCACGUCAGGUGCAGUUCUUUAGUUACGCCAAGGUCCAAAGAUAUUGAAAUUGAACUAAAUAAAUCUAAAUCAAUUGCAGCUAUAAGUUAUCCAUUAGCCUCUGAAAAAGAAUUAAAAAAUAAUGUUAAUAAAAUGCAAAUGUCACUUUCUGAAAACGAGAAGAAAAGAAUUUCUCAAUCUCUUAGUAAGGAAGUUUUAAAUCGAAUUAAUAAAUUCGAUACAGCGCAACUUAAGCAGGAGUUUGAUGAUAGCGUGAAACAUGUGGAAGUCAGUGAAAAAAGAGAAGAAAACAAGGAUAUGAAUAUAAAAAAGUAUUCUGAAAUAAAUACAACACGUCCCUCAGAUGAUAAAAACAGGCAUUUAAUUUAUUCAGCACAAAAAAAUGAAAUAUUGAACCAAUCAUCAGCUAGUGAAACCGAAACUGGAAGUUCAGAUAUAUCAGGUAUUACAGUAAUAUAUAAAGAGCCUAAAAAAGAAGUACAAAAGAAAGUAGAUUAUUUUGAAUCAGUUAAAAACGUAAUAAAUCAACCGAAAAAUAUAUAUCACGCACGAGAUAAUUCAGAUGAAAAUAAAAUGACGCACACACUUGCUGAUACGAAAGACAGUAAUGUACAAAACAAUCAAAUUUUUCAAUCUCAAUCGUGCACAAAUAUCAAAGAAUUUUUUGGUGAAAGUGAAAAAAAUAAGUUUUUGUCCCUUCCCUUGAAGGCUGACCUACAUUCAAGAUCGCCUUCGCCCCGUUCAGAAGUAUACGUGAGCGAUCGAAGAACGCCUGACACGCUACGAUUUUCCAGUGACGAGACAAUCUGGCGUAGUCGAAGCCCGUCCCCCGAUCCGGAGCGUUACUGGCGUACUUACCUUAAACUGGCACGUGAAGGGGAAGUGCGCCGCCUUGCACGACGCUUCGAUUCACCCUCUGCAGCCGGCGCAGUAUUACGACGAUACCGAAGCGAUCCAGAGAUUAUUCGGAACGACAUAAAAAAUAUUUGGCCCUUGGCUGAAAGGGCCACACGCCGUGGAAAAUGUAGAGCCUUAUUACCAGUGGCACGCAUGCCACUUCGUCCAAGUAAUCGUUUUAUGCCGCAUAUCGAUGUUAUAUCAAAACUUGCUGCACUUCGCAAACGUAAUACCACAAGAUCUCAUUCAGCAGAAGAAGCCCUAGAAUGUCGACCGGGAGAAGUAGAACGUAUUCGGCGCAGAUUCGAAGCGAUGUCUCUACUUGGUGAGAUCUAUACAUCUGCUCCAGAUGUAAGUGAUCUUCACGAUGUAGAGUCGUACCUAACGGGGCCAUGGAUCGCUCACCGAUACCCGAAACCGGAAGAUAAUUACCGAUCAAUAACUGACACGACCACUUUGGUACGCGGACGGACAGCUGAUAAAAAGAAAAAUAUCAAAACAGCGACUAGAGAAUCCGUUAAACUUAAUUCUAUUCUUAAAAACGAACCAUUAGCAAAGCAAGCCUUCAAUCCGUUGGCCCAUCGUCCAGCCAGCCGCUAUGAACCCCCGCGUACACCACCCCGGCCUCCGCCGGCGUCGUGGCCCCGCCGUCUAGCGCCCUAUAUCACGCCAUCGCGACACACAGUUACAUUCCAAGAAAACGACACCGCACCAGAACCACCGCGACGUGCAUCUCACGGCAGCUUCUCAGAUUCAGAAUCUCCUAGCCGCCGGUACGUGGAGAGCGAUGUGAACAUCCACUACAGGUGUCCGGUGCGUCAUGACCCCCUACCGCUGGUGCCGGAACGGGAGCUUGCAAUACAACAGGCCGAGCAUAUGAAACGACUCUACAGAGAACAACGGCGGAAUAAAUACUUACAGGAAAAUAACAUACAACAUGCUGACAUAGACUCAUUUGAUGCAUCUAUCAAGGAGCUGCAGGAUAUGCAAAAUCGACGUCACCAGGACAACUUUAUGCCAUCACAGAAGACAGUUGUGCCCUUGAAUCGCUACGACGAGGCUGAGAAAAUUGUCGCGAAAGCGUUGUACACAUUCAAUGGACAGACCGCAAGGGAACUAAGUUUUAGGAAAGGGGACAUUAUAAAUGUUAGAAAGCAAAUAGAUUCUAAUUGGUAUGAAGGCGAAGUGCAUGGAAAGGUUGGACUGUUUCCCUAUAAUUAUGUAGAGUUACUUAAAGGUGAAGGAGUUCAAACACACAAAAAACCCGCAGUGGUUGAAGGCCGCGCUAGGGCAAAAUUCGAUUUCAUAGCACAAACCAAUCUUGAACUGCCGUUGAAGAAAGGCGAGGUCGUAGUACUGUCUAGGCGUAUUGACCAUAAUUGGUGGGAAGGCAGAAAUGCGAACAGAACCGGUAUAUUCCCCGAUAGCUAUAUCACCAUUUUGCAAGAGCCUAGUCCGAGUAAACCCGAGACACAGCCACUCAGAACCACCGACAAACCAGUGGCGUCUCCAGCAGCGCACGGGCUGUUAAAUGGGACAGAUAAGCGCAGCAUGGGUUCCCAUAGCUAUACCCCUCAGCCCAAUAGUCCCGCACUGUCCAACGCCCCGCCUGCCACUCAGCCGCUAUCAGGUUACGUGACAAAGUCGUCACAGGGUGCGUCUGCGUCGGAGCGCGGGUACGGGCCACCGACGGGCGCGGGCGUUGACCUCAACAACACUGAGCCACUCUACGUUGACACAAACGCCGAAGCUGUCCCAUACCGUGCAAUGUACAAAUACCGACCACAGAACCCAGACGAGCUUGAACUAAACGAAGGAGACACGGUGUAUGUUCUUGAAAAAUGUGACGACGGCUGGUACGUCGGCUCCAGCCAGCGGACUGGCAGAUUUGGCACUUUUCCUGGUAACUAUGUGGAACGUAUCUGAUAGCGACAGACGCUGCUGCGGCGUCUUCGCCGCGCUGCGUUGUGCACAAGACGCACAAGAUAAACACAUAACUAAGCAUUUUAACUACUGCCUACAAACGAGCACCCCUCUGAACUAACUUUUUCAAUAUGAUACUGUCUAUUUGUGAAGCGCAAAGUACUAAGUACUCUAUAAAUCUUUUAAAAAAGGAAUAGAAUUUAUCACUUCUCAACUGGAAAUAUUGAUGACUUUUCAGAUUCGAAAAGGUUGUACCUUCCGACAAAAAGGGAGGGAAGACAAAGUUAGUUCAAGGCCGCAUUGAAUUGAUUUACACAAAUUAUUUACAAAUCUAUUGAUGUAAACUUUUUCAUAUAUACAGGAUCUUUUUAGCUUAAAUAUGUGUUUAGUACUGGAAUAAAGUUAGCAAGAUGUCUGUAACAAAGUUAUACAUGUAUGGUAGUAAAUGGUAGAAAGUCACAUUGAAGCAUAAAUCAAUAUAGGAACUUUUCAGUGACUCGAAAUUUUGAUUGUACUAACAAUUCACUAAGUAUAAUAUUAUUGUUACCAAAUUGUAAACCAUGACUUUUAUAUCCUUUUAUAAAAUAAUUCAUGUUAAAAUAAAUGUUAUAAAAUAAAUAU